CCGCCAUCAAUUCAUUCGCGACGCGUCCUAUUCGCGCCCACUCUACACGAACAUACCAGCUCAACUCUUCCUGCUGCAACGACGAAAGCAGCGCCAACAUGCCAUACAACAAUACGCCUAUCGCGCCAUCAAACGAGGUCACUGGCACCGUCUCACUGCCUCUCGCUCGCGUCAAGAAGAUCAUAAACGCCGAUCCUGAUAUCAACCAAUGCUCCAACAAUGCCGCCUUCGUGAUCACGGUUGCCACUGAGAUGUUCUUACAACAUCUGGUCGAGCAGGCAUACAACCAAGUGAAAUCAGAACAUGGACCCAAACCGAGGCGUAACAUUCAAUACAGAGACGUCGCCAACGCCGUAGCUCGUGUCGAAAACCUCGAAUUCCUGACAGACGUGGUGCCGAGGACGAUGACGAUGAAGCAGUACAAACAGAAAGCUGCCAAGGACGCUGCAGCGGGAGCAGCAUCCGCAGAGAAUGGAGCACCUGGGAAAGGCCAGGGAACACUAGAUGGACACGUUGGAGCCAAUGGCUCUGCGGCUGGACCAGCACCAGCUAAGGACCCAGUGAAAGAAAUUGCAGCACAGGAGGGAGCUCACGGCACAAUUGACGAAGAAAUGCGGGAUUCAUGAUUGCAUUCUUGGGAUUUCAUGGAAUCCAGCGAUGGCGUUCACGGGCCAUGAGAUCGGAGCUGAUGUGGGCUUUGCCGCUGCGACAGCAUGAGCAGCGCUCGAGGUCACGCGAAUUUAGACUUGAGUUUUCUGCUUGUCACCCAGGAUAUUGACGCGGCACCAUGACUGGAAAAGCACCCGAGCGAAGCCAUG